AUGACGAAUUGCAGUCCUCGCGCACCUCGAGUACUUUCCAUUCAGAGUCACGUUGUUCAUGGUUAUGUUGGAAAUAAAUGCGCUACAUUCAUUUUACAACUAUAUGGCUUUGAGGUUGACCUCAUCAAUUCCGUUCAGUUUUCGAAUCAUACAGCUUACAAAGUCGUUAAAGGUUCACGUUUGAGCGUCGAUGAGUUACGGGAAAUAUUUCAGGGUUUAAUUGACAAUGAUCUGUUGGACUAUGAUUAUAUUCUCACUGGUUACAUGAGUGCAGGCGAAUUACUUCGUACGGUUGCUGAUUACAUUCGACUCAUAAAACAAAAAAAUCCUAAGGUCAAGUACGUGUGUGAUCCUGUUAUCGGUGAUGGCGGAAAAUUGUAUGUUGAUCGAUCUUGUAUUGAUGCAUAUAAAAACAAUUUGUUACCACUCGCAGAUAUUGUAACCCCAAACGACUUUGAAUUUGAACAACUGAUUGAUUCGAAAAUUAAUUACGCCAAUGACACCGAUGUCAUAGAAUCAAUGAAACGUUUACAUAAAAUGGGACCGUCUCAGAUUGUUAUGUCAAAGACAAAUUAUUCAAUGUUUCGUAUUGAAUUUCCAAAAAUACCAUUUUAUUUUACAGGAACUGGCGAUACAUUUUCCGCAUUGCUGUUAGCGUGGAUUCACAAACAAAAUGAGCUUAACGUUGCAUGUGAGAAAACAAUAUCAGUCAUUUAUAAGAUUUUGCUGAGAACUUCAGAAUCGUCAGGCUCAGAAAAAAAAGCAGAAGCCGGAAUGUGUUCGAACGAAUUGUGUUUAAUACAAAGCAAGAAAGAUAUUGAAGACGCAGAAACGUUAUUUUUUGCAAAAACAACUGAGACCAUAUUAUUUCGUUUUUGGAGUGAAAUGAACGCGUUUGAAACAGAACUUGGUGUUCAGCCAGAGCUGGCUAAAGCGGUCGAUGAUAUGGGAUGGCUUUUACCAACAGACGUUCAAUCAGAAGCAAUUCCGAUGAUUUUGGGUGGUGGUGAUGUGCUAAUGGCUGCAGAAACUGGUAGUGGGAAGACUGGCGCAUUUUGUUUACCUAUUUUACAAGUCGUUCAUGAAACACUGAGAGAUAUCCAAGAAGGAAAUAUGGGUCCAAAAUCAAGUAGAAAAGGUGUUGGAGAUGUAUCCAAAGCUGUGUUAUUGAAUUUUCAUGAUCGUACUCAAAAUAUGUCUAUUGAUACUGAUGGAUUACUUUGUCAAAGUCGAGAUCAAAAAAUAUGGGGUGGUGCACGAUCGAAUAAAGGAGUCAAAGGAAAAGGAAAAUAUUAUUUCGAAAUGACACAAACGGAAGCAAAUGGAAUUGCCCGAGUCGGUUGGUCAACAUCUAAUGCUCUACUAGAUCUUGGUACAGAUGAUCAAGGAUUCGGUUAUGGUGGCACUGGGAAAAAAGCAUAUGCAAAACAGUUUGACGAUUAUGGCGAAACUUUUGGUGUCAAUGAUGUGAUUGGAUGUUUACUUGAUCUAGAUACAAUGAGAAUAAGAUACUAUAAAAAUGGAAAAGAUCUUGGUCACGCCUUUGAUAUCAGACGACAAUUACAUGAAAAUGUAUUUUUUGCACAUAUUUGUAUCAAAAGUUGUGAUGUCCGGAUGAAUUUUGGCGGAAGUUCAUUCAAAUCAUUACCGAAUGACUGUGUUUCGAUUGAAAAUGCUCCUAAAGAUUGUUUAGUCGAUUCAGCUACGCGUGGUGCUUCCACCGCUCCACUUAAGUCUCGACCACCAAAUGCUCCACUUGCAAUUAUACUUGAACCAUCAAGAGAAUUAGCCGAGCAAACACUAGGACAACUGCAAAAAUUUCAAGUAUAUCUGGAAAACCCAAAAUUACGACAUUUACUAAUUAUUGGUGGCGUAGCUGUUGGUCAACAAACACGUGUGCUUCGUGAGGGUAUCGAUAUAAUUGUUGCUACUCCGGGUCGUCUCGAAGAAUUAAUUGGUAGUGGUGAAAUUAAUUUGACACAAAUGCGAUUUUUUGUACUUGAUGAAGCUGACGGUCUUCUAGCACAAAAUUACAAAAAUUUAAUCCUGAAUUUACAUAAACAAAUACCAAAUGUCACUGCUGAUGGUAAACGUUUACAAAUGAUUGUCUGUUCUGCAACAUUACAUAAUUUUGAAGUGAAAAAAUUAGCCGAUCAAAUUAUGCACUUUCCGACAUGGGUCGAUUUAAAAGGACAAGAUACCGUUCCUGAAACUAUUCAUCACGUAGUCUGCAUUGUCGAUCCAAAGAAAGAUACACGUUGGCGAAAUCUUAGACACCAUAUUAAAACAGACGAGGUGCAUGCUGCUGAUGAGCUUAAUUUCAAUAAAACUUUGUCUGAAGCGGUCAAACUUCUAAAAGGCGAAUAUUGUGUACAAGCUAUUAAUAAAUUUAAAAUGGAUAAAGCACUUAUUUUUUGUCGAACAAAAAUAGAUUGUGAUAAUCUUGAACAUUAUUUUAUUAAACUUGGUGGCGGACCAAAAGUUCAAAAUCAUCAAUUUUCUUGCGUAUGUUUACAUGCCGAUAGAGCGCCAGAUGAACGAAAACAAAAUUUGGAAAAAUUUAAAAACAAUCAGACACGUUUAUUAAUUUGCACCGAUGUGGCUGCGCGUGGAAUUGAUGUUAGCGGUUUACCAUUUGUAAUUAAUUAUACAUUACCCGAUGAAAAAGAAAAUUAUAUACAUCGAAUUGGACGUGUUGGCAGAGCUGAUAGAAUGGGUUUGGCAAUAAGUUUAGCUAGUGUUGUCAAAGAAAAAGUUUGGUAUCAUACAUGUAAAGGGAAAAAUUGUCGCGAUACACGUUUAAGAGAACAAGGUGGUUGUUGUAUGUGGUAUGAUGAAAUGCAAUAUUUAUCUGAUAUUGAAGAACAUUUGGGCGUUACUGUAUCUCAAGUUGAUCAAAAAUUGGAUAUACCAGUUGAUGAAUUUGAUGGCAAAGUAACAUACGGUCAAAAACGAAAACAACAAGUAUCAGCAUCUAAAGAUCAUAUUGAUACGUUGGCACCAGCUGUCCAAGAAUUGGUUCAAUUAGAAAAACGUGUUCAAACAUCGUAUUUAACAUUGAGAAAUAAUAAAAAUCUUCUUAGUGCAAAAUGA